AUGUCGAAUAUCCUGCCUGCAGCCUCUAGUAAUCUGUUACAUGAGGAGAUAGAACCGGACUUCCUAUGCCCACUGUGUGAUUAUGACACAGAAUGGUUCUGCCAGUGUGACUCCAUGAAGGUUCCUGCGCUGUCGCCGCAGCGCGACUCCACGAAGGUUCCUGCGCUGUCGCCGCAGCGCGACUCCACGAAGGUUCCUGCGCUGUCGCCGCAGCGCGACUCCACGAAGGUUCCUGCGCUGUCGCCGCAGCGCGACUCCACGAAGGUUCCUGCGCUGUCGCCGCAGCGCGACUCCACGAAGGUUCCUGCGCUGUCGCCGCAGCGCGACUCCACGAAGGUUCCUGCGCUGUCGCCGCAGCGCGACUCCACGAAGGUUCCUGCGCUGUCGCCGCAGCGCGACUCCACGAAGGUUCCUGCGCUGUCGCCGCAGCGCGACUCCACGAAGGUUCCUGCGCUGUCGCCGCAGCGCGACUCCACGAAGGUUCCUGCGCUGUCGCCGCAGCGCGACUCCACGAAGGUUCCUGCGCUGUCGCCGCAGCGCGACUCCACGAAGGUUCCUGCGCUGUCGCCGCAGCGCGACUCCACGAAGGUUCCUGCGCUGUCGCCGCAGCGCGACUCCACGAAGGUUCCUGCGCUGUCGCCGCAGCGCGACUCCACGAAGGUUCCUGCGCUGUCGCCGCAGCGCGACUCCACGAAGGUUCCUGCGCUGUCGCCGCAGCGCGACUCCACGAAGGUUCCUGCGCUGUCGCCGCAGCGCGACUCCACGAAGGUUCCUGCGCUGUCGCCGCAGCGCGACUCCACGAAGGUUCCUGCGCUGUCGCCGCAGCGCGACUCCACGAAGGUUCCUGCGCUGUCGCCGCAGCGCGACUCCACGAAGGUUCCUGCGCUGUCGCCGCAGCGCGACUCCACGAAGGUUCCUGCGCUGUCGCCGCAGCGCGACUCCACGAAGGUUCCUGCGCUGUCGCCGCAGCGCGACUCCACGAAGGUUCCUGCGCUGUCGCCGCAGCGCGACUCCACGAAGGUUCCUGCGCUGUCGCCGCAGCGCGACUCCACGAAGGUUCCUGCGCUGUCGCCGCAGCGCGACUCCACGAAGGUUCCUGCGCUGUCGCCGCAGCGCGACUCCACGAAGGUUCCUGCGCUGUCGCCGCAGCGCGACUCCACGAAGGUUCCUGCGCUGUCGCCGCAGCGCGACUCCACGAAGGUUCCUGCGCUGUCGCCGCAGCGCGACUCCACGAAGGUUCCUGCGCUGUCGCCGCAGCGCGACUCCACGAAGGUUCCUGCGCUGUCGCCGCAGCGCGACUCCACGAAGGUUCCUGCGCUGUCGCCGCAGCGCGACUCCACGAAGGUUCCUGCGCUGUCGCCGCAGCGCGACUCCACGAAGGUUCCUGCGCUGUCGCCGCAGCGCGACUCCACGAAGGUUCCUGCGCUGUCGCCGCAGCGCGACUCCACGAAGGUUCCUGCGCUGUCGCCGCAGCGCGACUCCACGAAGGUUCCUGCGCUGUCGCCGCAGCGCGACUCCACGAAGGUUCCUGCGCUGUCGCCGCAGCGCGACUCCACGAAGGUUCCUGCGCUGUCGCCGCAGCGCAGUCCUACGAAAUAUCAGAGCAGCUUCAAACCAGCAUCACAUACAUUGCAUUUACAGGUUCCAAAUCCGAGCCCACAGCGUCCAUUGAUAACAAUAGAGAGCGAUUUGCUGGCUGCAGAAUACCAAGAGAUGUCAAUCCAACAGUGCCCAUCUCUGCUCUCACCUAUCUGUCCGACCACGCCGAACACGCCUAUUUCGCCAAUUGCACUGAUUCCACGUCGUCGAUGGUUGUAA